AUGAGUUCUGUGAAGGAAAGUGUUAUACAAUUGAAGAAAAAGUCAAUAUUAUUCCGAUUAGAAGCCGGUGAAUCAAAUGCAACCAUCGAAAGGAUGGAUUAUGAGAGCAAUCAAAGAGCCUGGAUGACUGCUGACAUUUUUAACAAAUGGAUACGCGCAUGGGAUCGUGAACUUAUGAAAAAGAAAAUUCUCUUUAGUUGA